AAUUAGCAACAACGAAACGCAAUAGUAAAUUUCUACAAUUUGAUUCUGGACCUGGUAAUGAUCGCUUAUUGAUCUUUUCAUCUGUUGAUCAAUUACAGCUACUGGACAAUUGUGAAGAAUUAUUAGUCGAUGGCACAUUUAAGGUAACACCAACGGUUUUCUAUCAAUUAUAUACUAUGCAUGUGGCUUAUCGGAACGCUGUUAUACCAGCUGUAUUUGCAUUAUUACCAAAUAAGAAUCAGCAAACAUAUCAACGUCUUAUUAAUGAAUUAGCAGAACUUUGUCCACUAUGGAAUCCCAAAUCCAUAAUGAUGGAAUCCCAAAUCCAUAAUGAUGGAUUUUGA